CAACAACCACAAAAUGGAAACUUGGUUUUCGAUUCUUGGCUGGUCUCUAUCCAUUCUGACCAUAACUGGAAAUGGAUUUAUCAUCUGCCUCGUUAGCAGAAGACGGCGGCUUCGUAAAGCCAACGCAUUUAUAGUUUCUCUUGCAGCGGCGGACUUCUGUGUUGGGCUCAGUACUUUUCCCCCGCUUUUCGUCUGCGAAGAGAUAAUUGGAUGUAACCCAAAGGCCUUCUUAGCGAGUGGGAUGGAUUAUCUAAGAUGGCUCUUUGGGUACGCUUCGGUUACAAACUUGUGCGGUUUAGUCCUGGAGCGCCACGUUGCUGUUGUGAAGCCGUUAAGUUACUUGACUUUUAUGACGCGCAAACGCGUUCUCCAAAUGUUUGUUAUCUCUUGAACCAUUCCAGUUAUUUUGGUCUUGGCUUUUUUACUAAACGGGCUUGUUUUUAAAGAGAUUCUGCUGUUUAAAGUGUUGACACUGAUUACCAUUGUUUUUCUAGAAUUCUUACCGUGUUCCGGUCUAAUUUUUUUGCUUUGCAUCAAUGUAUUAUAUUGUUUACAAGCACGAAAGAGCCGCCCGCAUCUUGGCAAAACAACUCCGCUAUAACCAAAGAUUUUUGCUCAGAAUCAAGGAAAAGGCUGCUGUGAAAAUAAUGGCAAUUGUGAUUGGUUUGUUUCUUGUAACUUACUCGUUCGCUUUGCGAUGUAGCUUUAUUUACAUUUUGAAUGACGACGAAAAACCGUGUGAUGAUCAGGAAUAUAAAAUACCCCUUCUUGUCGUUUCUCCUCACCAAAUCAAUACAAUAUCAAACAGAAAGGUGAUGAACAUAAGAGAAAAUAUCAGCUAGGGGAGUAUUAGUUGAUUCAAUACCAAAUUCUCAGAACUGACAUCAUAUGAGUUGUAUGACAAACAGUAAGGAGAAUUGCUAAUGAGAUCUUGAGAGGGACAUAAGGAAGGAGGUAAAAAGAGUUGUUAGAUAUAGAGAGAAACUCAGUUUUGAAAAGGCCUCGUCCACACUAGCGUGUUUACCUGACGUUCGAUAAUGUCUACUUUUUCCAUUGCAUUUUGCUUGUCAUCCACACUUAAACACCAAAUAACGCAGAUGCAAAGUAGAUAUUCGGAAAAGGUUACACUGGUGGAGUAUUUUGAAAAUGCACCACGUUUGAAAUGUUCCGUUUUCUGUGUGGACAGAUGGAGAAGGAAGCUUUUAAAAAAGAUGGCAAAGAAGUAGGUCAGAUAUUGUCGGGUGAUUCUAAGCGGAAGAUUGGUGAAAAUGCAUCAAAACGUUGGAGUUUUCAAAAGAUAAUGCAGUAUAGAAGGCAGGUGAGAAAAAAUCGAUAAACACUUGCGUAGGUGAAGAUACUUUGCCUCGUUUAGGUAGAGUCUAAAAACGUUGUGAUUAGUGUUGUCGCCACAGAUUUUACGAAAUAUUUUAUCAUCAAGCUCACAACUAUAAUUUAAAGUGUAACCCACUAUAAAGUGACCGAACACUAAGUUUAAAAGAGGAGAAGAGACUUGUUUUAACCAAAUGCGACUGAUGAUAACUUGUCGCUAUAUGCAAAUAAAACAAAGUGAACUGUCUUCAUAGGGAAGUUUCAUCUUUCAAUUAGUUAGCGUGUUGAAAGUAAUGAAACGAGGUAUGCAACGAUUUUACUCCAUAUCGAAGAAUGUAGCGGGUGAUUUACUAACUGUUCGAUGCUUUUGACAGUGGAAAGGCAAAAAUGGAACUUUUGCCCUCUUUCUUUAGCCAUCUAUAAAAUUAAAGGAGGAAAAUAUGACUCGCUAAAAAUAGAUAAGGUGGUUGAAGAAUUGUUAAGAAGCGGCUGAAUAAAUUGCAUUUUUGAGACUUAGCAAUCAGCGAAAAUACUAUGAAAUUACACUUAUUUUGAGGAGAAGCAAGUUUCUAACAAAAAUCAACUACAAAGAACUGAUAUAGAAAUAGCCGGAAUACCGGGCGCUUUUGCUCGCUAGGGCAUUAGCGUUUCGUUAUGGAAUUGACUUUUUUGAGCGAUGUUUUCAUCCAAACAGAAAGCAGUUAAUGUUAGCAUCAUUUCAGCACUACUGCUUUCAAUAAACUUUAUUACUUGUUUUCUGACAGUGUUUUUUGCAAUUAGUCUGUAUAUUAUGACAUUUUAUUGCUUUUUUAGAGGGCACGGUAACGAAUCUUGCAAUCUGAUUGGUUCUUUACCCGGUCAGUAUUUUCCUAUCUCUGCCCACGGGCCACGGUAACGCUUUCGUGAGUCGCCGAGUACAUCCCAACUUUCGUUGUCAUUUUUCAUAAAUAUACCUCGUUUUCCGGCUGGGCAGUAUUUUUAAGCAAACACGUCGGUCACUACCUCAAGCCGAUAAAUAACUUAUGAAUCCUCUCUUUUCUCUCUAUCAAAUCACUGUGGUUGAUAGAAAAAUAUUGGUUUCAGAAUGAAUUUGUAUAAACAAUAGUGUCAUUACGUUGGUUGACAAGCGGCCUAAAAACCGUCUGCAAUUAAUUUUAAUCGUUCACAAAAAGUACCCAGAAAGUUGAAACGUGAGGUAUUUGGUUACAGUUAAACUGAACGAUGGAACUUUCAUUCAUUUAAUAUCUGAAUUUUCUCGAGCAAUUUGUUCAUAGUAAAAAAAAAGCGAGCGAAGUUUUAAUUUAAGUUCUACAACAAAUAUACGCUCCUGGUGAGUCUUUUCAAUUCCGUUCAAUUUGGACAUUUGCACCUUAAAUUGCACAACAGAAAUUGAAGGAAUUGAGAAAAUGCUGCAUUAAAUUCCCUUGUGUCUCGUUGGAGUGUGCCGUUCGAAUUUAGUUUUUGUGAAGGAAAGAUCAGAGUUAAACACGCCAUUACAGCAAACAAACGAGCAAACUCUCACAACUUCAAAAUAAAAAAUUGAAUUUACUCACAAUUACUUUCCUCGCCGUUUACUUAAUGAACAGAGGUAAAUCUUCGUACAUGAAUGAAUGGUCGAUGAGAGUAAAUAAUACUUUCCGUUAGAUCAUUAACUGAUUUUUAAGAAAACAUUGUCGUGACAGUCCUUGCCAAACUAGUUCUAUUGGUUUUCAAAUGUUCCCACGAUUUUUUUUUUCUUGCGCGCUCUCUAAUUGACAGGUGUCAGAUUGUGACAAAUACUUGUAAAAAUAAUGUUUCAAAGUUUGUUUGGAAGCCUUUUAAAUCACCUUUAUCGUUACGGAAAUGAAAAUGUUUCGCCGAGGCAUCUCUCUUAAAUUUGCAUCACCUCUAUUUUAACUACCAUCUACUCACUCAAAAAUUGUUCAGUUUAUGGAAGAUCUUGCCGUAUUUACGGCCAUAGGUCAUUCGGGUUCUUUCGGAAAGAAUUUCGUCAAGUUUAAAAACAACAAAUAUGUUAUUUACCGGCUAAGGGUCGGUCCGUAUGGUGAAAAACUAAGACCUCGGUCACAGUUUUUCACCAUACGGACCUCCCAGCCGGCAAAUAACAUAUAUUUAUUUUAAGACAACAAAAGGAGACCUGACAAUGUGCUGAAGCUGUCAGAGAUAAGUUGUCAAAAUCCAUAUUUAGCUAUCUUCAAUAAUUUAGUUUCUUACUGCUCGUGGAAAAGGUUCAUAUCACCACGAACAUCGUGCGAUUUUCAUCAAUUAGAAUAGAAGUGUACUAGAAUGAGUCUCCCGUGGGUGCCUCUCUUGUGAUCAGUUACCUUCCUUUGAUUCAUUGACUUCAUUGAAGGACUAGAGGCUGUUAACUUAACGGUAAGAGCGGCCGGAUUUCAAGCUGAUUUGUCAACUGCGAUGUGUUUGAGGGAGACGACAUCAUAAAAUCAACGAAGUGUUUUCCAAUGCUUUUUAGUUGCAUAGGGAAUUGUAGUCUUGUAGUCCAAACCCAAACUUUAUACUCUCAGCUUUCAUUUGUAUUGGGCUGGCCACCUGAAGACCACAAAAUGGAAACGUGGUUUUGGAUUCUUGGCUGGUCUCUUUCCAUCUUGUCCAUGACUGGAAAUGGCUUUAUUAUUUUCCUUGUUUGCAGAAGGAGGCGGCUUCGAAACAAAACCAACGCGUUUGUCGUUUCUCUCGCAGUGGCAGACUUCUGUGCUGGCUGGAGUGCUUUUCCACCGCUUUUCGUCUGCGAGGAGAUGACCAGAUGCGACCCUACGGCCUUCAUAGCCAGCGGGGUGGAUUAUUUCAGGUGGCUGUUUAUAUAUGCGUCUGUGACAAACUUGUGCAGUUUAGUCCUGGAUCGCUACAUUGCUAUCGUGAGGCCGUUAAGUUACUUGACUUUUAUGACACGCAGAAGCGUUUUCCAGAUGAUUUUCAUGUCUUGGACCAUUCCAGUUGUUGUCGUCUUUGCGUUUUUACUAAACUGGCUUAUUUUUGAAGAGAUUGUGUUGUUUAAAGUGCUCAUCUCAAUUUCAAUGGUAUUUUUAGAAAUCUUGCCGUCUUGUGUGUUAAUAUUCUGCUUUGGAUCAAUGUACUAUGUUGUUUAUAAGCACGAAAGAGCCGCCCGCAUCUUAGCAAACCAACUCCGCUUUAACCAAAGAUUUUUGUUCAGAAUCAAGGAAAAGGCUGCCGUGCAAAUAAUGGCAAUUGUUAUUGGUAUAUUCCUUCUAGCCUUCACAUUCGCUAUACGAUGUAGCUUCAUACACAUUUUGAAAGACGGAAAACCGUGUGAUGAUAAAGAAUAUAAAAUUCCUCUUCUUGUAUUAAACUCCGUUGUUAACCCCUUCGCUUAUGCCGUCUUCAAGAGAGACAUAAACAUGGAGAUAAAACGGUAUAUUUGCUGCGUCAUUUGUAAAAAGAAACGUCACAGUGAUCCAAUUUAUGAAAACAAUUUUUUUUAUCUU